AUGGAUGUGAUCAGUAGUAAUACUGCAGCGAGGAGAAAUCACAGAAACACAUAUUGGCAAGCUGAAGAAGAUGAGAAAAAAGAGAAAACCUUCUGGCCUCCGAUUUCCCUCACUCAUAGCCGUCCGAUCAACGACGCUCACGCUGCUUCUGUUCCUGUUUUUGAAUUUGAGUCCACCCGCACCACCAACGUUGUUCCGGGAACACCUGAAGCCCUCGAGGAGGACAUAGAAAAGGUUGUCUAUCGGUGUCGCUUCUUGACGCUUCUAGGGGUGUUGGGGUCUUUAAUUGGUUCGUUUCUAUGCUUCGUCAAGGGCAGCACUUGUGUUGUAGAAUCCUACGUGGAAUAUGUUGUAAACCAUGGCAAAGUCAUUUUGCUGCUUGUUGAGGCAAUAGAUGUUUAUCUUCUGGGAACGGUGAUGCUCGUGUUUGGAAUGGGUUUGUAUGAGCUGUUCGUCAGCAAUCUUGGUACUGCGAAGUCUGUAUCAGAAGAAAAAGCUCCCUACAGAUCAAAUCUGUUUGGAUUAUUCACUCUAAAGGAGAGGCCGAAAUGGUUGGAUAUAAAAACAGUGAACGAACUGAAAACAAAGCUUGGACAUGUGAUAGUGAUGCUUCUCCUAAUUGGUUUGUUCGACAAGAGCAAGAAAGCUGCUAUCAACUCUCCUCUGGAUUUGCUCUGCUUCUCCGCUUCCGUUCUCCUUUCCUCCGGUUGCCUGUUUUUGCUGUCUAAGCUCAACGACUAAGUUAUUAUCCUUGAAAUAGAGGUGGUUAAUAUUUUUGCUUUUUUUACUUAUUACGAAUUUAGGCAGCGCUUUCAUCAUGCAAGUAAUGAUGACAAUAUAUACAUACAGUUAAAGAUGCUUGUUUUGUAGUUACUACUAAGUGGUGGAUAUAGAUAUAUAUGUAUGUAUGUAUAUUUCUAACUCAACCGUUCAUGAACAAGAUCAGAGACAUGUUUGCAUUCCU